AUGUAGAGCGAUUAAAAUAUCAUAAAACUAAUAUCAGAUUCUGAAAUGAUUUCUGGAGUUAAUAAAAAGUUCGAUCUUAGUAUUACCAGCACAAAAGUUUUGGUUGGAGAAGAUAAGUUUUAGAGGGCAGUAGUUUGCACUAAAAAUGAGAAAAUAGUAAGUAUAUUAAUUGACCCUACUUAAGAUUAGUUAGAAGAAAUAAGAAGACUCAGUAUUAACUUUGUAAACUAUGGAAAUAAGUAUAUAAUGAGCGGUAUCAUCGACAUGAAUGUUAGCUUACACUCUAAUUAUGAAGAAAAAGAGUGGUGCGAAAUAUAAAAUUUGACUAGAAUAGCUUUAGCUGGAGGUGUAACUAUGGUUGUUAAUAAUCCUCUUUUGGAAAAUGAAUAAAACAUAGUAGAAUUAAAUCAAUCAUUAUGUGAUUGCAGAGAGAAAAUAGAGGCUAUGCGAGAAGAAAGUUUUGUUGAUUUUGCUUAAUUAACACUCUUGACAAAGACUAAUUGUAAAGACAUGUUUGAUAAAGAUAAAAUUGAUCAUUUGAAAAAGUAUAUAGUAGGAUUUAGGACUUAUUUCUCUCCAUCUUUUUAACCUGAUGUUGAUUAUUGCUCAAAUAAGAGCUAAAUUUUACAAUUCAUAGAUUAAAUUAAGAAUUUAGAGAAUAUGAGUAUAUUUUUUCAUCCUAUCUACCUUUAGUGCGAAAAAGAAUUAGGAGUUACCAGUCCUAUGCGUAAUCUAAAAAUUAAAUCGAGAGUUGAUAUAUAAAAAACAACAGACUGUGUUAAUGAAAAAAAUAUUCCUUGUUCAGACGCAGUUCUAGGAGAGACUCAUGAAGAAGAAAGGUGGUCUUCGAUAGAAUUAGAGUCAAUUCGAAAUGAUUAAAUUCAACAAAAAUUACUAAAAAUAUUUCCUAUGGCUCAGUAGAAAACAAUGCAAUCAGCCUUAAAGUUACUAAGUAUUUAGGAAAAAAGCUAAUAUCUUUGUUAAUCAUAAAUUGAUUCAGGAGAGAACAAUAAAUCUGAUGAAGGAGAAUCUUAGAAUGAAGACUAAAAUGAUAAAUACUUAGAAUUUAAGAGACUCAAUGAUGCAAAGCAUAGUUUCCUUAGUAUAGAAAGCGAAGAUGAAAAUAUCAAUAACUAACAAAAAAUAAAUCCAAGUGAAAAUACUCAUCAGAAAUAAAACAAUUUAUCUUAGAAAGUAAAAUUUGUUAGACCUAUAUCUAUAAAUUUAGACAGCUCAAAAUUUAUAAACAUUUGCAAAAAUGACCACGGGUAAAGUUUUGAAGAAUUAACAGAAACAAGUAGCAUGACCACAUACAGAAAUAGCUUGUCACCUUAAAAAGAUUAAUCAAAACCUGAUAUAUGCAAAAAUGUUGAUAAUAAAAAUAGAAGCAGUAUACUUAAUAAUAUGGAAUAGAAUAAUAUAGACUCUAAACCAAUUUUAAAAUCUAAUGUUGUAUAAUUUUAAAAUGAAAUUAAACCAGAGGAUAGCCCAAGUUCACUUUUUUCGAUACGCCCAAAGUCAAAUUCUAAUCUCUUGAUAAGAAGGAAAUUGCAGUAAGUAAAAAAUGAAAAUAACUCAGUUAACUUCAACAGUAUGAGAAAAGUUCAUUUUUUAGUCCUUUCAAACUCUAAUUUAUGCUUACCUGCCUGCGAAUAAAUAGAGUAAAGUGAAGGGAUAGAUUCUAACAAAGGCAUGAAACUAAUAAACUCUAAAACCCAAACUAACUUGAUAGAUAAUUCCAUGCAAUAAAUAGAUGAAAAAGUAUUUGAUCAAGGUUAAGGUAUUAGCUUAAGUACAAUAAAUAUAGUUGGUGAAGGGUUCACUCGAAUCAGAAGUUAAACAUCUUCUAAUGUUUUGAGUUUAAAAUAAAAUACAAAAGACCUAGAAAAAAAGUAGAAAACUAGAAGAGAUUAUUUAAAUUUUUUGACUUUUCGUCCACCUUUUUGGGAAAAUAUAGCAAUAAAUUUUUUUAAAUAGAAAUUUGUCGAGUAUAAAUAGAAUAAAGUUACUUUUUAGCCAAAUCUCAUUUUUACAAAUGUUUCUAACUCCUACUCAGUUGCUAAAAUAUUUAGAUAGAAAUUGAGGAAUCCUAACUUUAAUUUGUACAUAGAAGUUUCUACUCCAUUUUUGUAUUUCGACUCCUCAAAUAUUAAUGAAGGUGAAACUAAAUUCAAAAAUGAGCCAGCUAUUUAUGAUAAACUAAAUAAAAAAUUACUGCUUUCAGAGUUGGAAGUAAAUUCAGUGAUUGAUUGUGUUGGAUCUAAUCAUUUUUAUGUUCCAUUAAAGUAUAAGCCUCCAGAUUUUACAGUAGCAUUUAAUGGUUUAAAUUCAAUUGGAGGAAAUUUGUAUACAAUAUGGACUCUUUCUUGGAUCAAUUUGAAGAGAAAAUUUAAAGAGUAAAUUAACUAGUAAUAAAAGGACAACCAUAUCAUUUAGUCAUAAACGUCAUAAUCAAAUUAAGAUACAUAAUAAAAGGGUUUAGUAGACAAAGAAAGUACUUCUAUCAAUUAUAAUGAGUAAAUAGUUGAAUCUACUGAUACUUAAUUAUAGGAUAUCAAUGAAAAUAAGGAUAUAAUAUAAAAUGAAUCAGAAGAUAUUAAAAUUAAAACAGAACAAGUAUAAUAUGAAUAAGAAAAAACAGAAGAAAAGAUUAUUGAAAUUUCUAAGUUGCUCUCAAUAAAUCCAUCAAAAAUUUUGGGUAUUCAAAAUUAAAAGGGAUAAAUAAAGGAAGGUUUAGAUGCUGAUUUUGUAGUUUGGGAUCCUUUUGAAAAAUCAAUAUUUGAUAUCCAAAAUUUCUAAUUAAAUUAAGAUAUAUCCUCUCUACAUAUUUAUGAUAAAAAAGUUUUUUAUGGGAAAAUAUAUUCUACGAUAAUUAGAGGCAACAUACUUUACAAUAUAUUUGAAAGUAGUGCUGAUUUUUAAGAUAAAAAGCAAAAUGAGCUAGAUUAAAAAGAAAAUAAAAAAAAAUAAUUAUUUUAAAAUGAUAUGACAAAAGAAGAAUAAAUUAAGCAUUUAUUUAAAGAUAAAUCUACUUUUAAAGCAAAAUUAAUCACCAAAAUAUGA